UCUCCAUCACUUUAUUACUUCAUUCAACUUUUUAAUUUCUCUUCCUCUUCACCGGAAUCUCGAUUCUCCGACUGCCUUUUCAAAGUUUUCAAUGGAGACUCCGUCCUCGAUCCGCCGCGUAACAAGGUCCCAAACGCUCGCCACUGUGAAUUCCGUCAACAACAGCAACAAUUCCAUCUCAAGGAAGGUUGAGGAGUGUGACAACAAUGGCUUAUCUAAAUCCCGACAAAGGAAUCGAACGUCGCAAGAUUUGGCCGGGGCGAAAGGGCAAGAUCGGUCCGCACUCUUCGACAUUACCAAUGACUCCCCAAUCGUUGGCUUGGCAGCAGGGAAUUUGAUGACGCCCAUUUCAUCGGUGACGAAACAGAGGAGCUGCCGGCCCAAGAUGAUGACGCCGGGUUCAGGGGAAGCCUUAUUGAGAGGGCAAGUGAAAACCCUUUUGCAAAAAGUGGAAGAAGAAGCUGAAAUUUCUAAGCUUUCUUUAGAAAACCGGCCGUUCGUUCAUCUUCAGUCCCCGGCCGGACUUCUCGCUCCGACCCCGGCGAACACGCCGCAGAUCUUGAAUAUGUCUCAGGAUGGAAAUCUUUGCAGUAUCACAGAUCAUUCCAUUGUUGAAGAACAGAUGAUGUCUCAGGUUGUGGUUGAUAUUGAUCUUUUUAAUGAAAAGAAACAAGAGGAAAGUCAAAUUAAUAGGUCUCUUUUGUUGGAUUUUUCUGAGAAAUCUGAAACAAUUGAUGAUGAAGCUACAUCAUCAGACUGCUCCUCUGUUCUCACCCACCACAACAAGUUGUCGUUAUUGUCAUCGCCAUCUCGGGACGACGACAACUCUUCUCUAUGGUCAAUUCAAGUGAAUGCAAGCAGCCGUGGUGAAGACGAAGACGUGGAGGAAGAAGAGCUAAUCGAGGACGAGGACGAGGAAGAGGAAGAAGGAGAUGACGAAAACGACAGCGGGUUGGUCGAUGAGCUAUGCAAGGGACUUAGUAAAAUAAGUGUGAAUGAGAAGGGGAAAGCUGAGGAAUUUGUAGGUAAGCACACGAGGUUCGUGUAUGAUAGCGAAGAUGAAAUGAUUGAGGAAGUUAGUGAUGAGAGCCAUGGCGGGGUUUCGCCGAGCGUCCUUCGUCUGAAGGGAAUGCCAACGCCCAAAGGGAAACAUUUGCGAUUUCGAUUCGAGGACGAGUAGUUUGAAAGAAGAGGUCUGUGUUCUCUUGGGGUUAUGUUUUGUAAUGUUGUCUUUCUUUGACAACAGGAAGUUGGUUUUUUUUUGUGGGGAGUUUUGUGACUGUUUUGUAAUGUUGUUUUUGUUUGCAUUUUGCUGUCUUGGGUAGAAUUUUAAUAAUUUCUGAAAGU